AUGGACAAUCUCACAGAAAUGACAGAAUUCCUGCUCAUGGGGUUUUCUGAUGUCUGGGAGCUACAGAUGCUACUUGCUGGACUGUUUCUGCUGAUUUAUCUGGCAGCUCUGGUGGGGAACAUUCUCAUCAUCAUGCUCAUUACUCUUGAUCAGUAUCUUCACACGCCCAUGUACUUCUUCCUAAGGAACCUCUCCUUUUUGGAUUUGUGCUACAUCUCAGUCACCAUGCCUAAGUCAGUCCACAGCUUUCUGACCCACAGCAGCUCCAUCUCUUAUCUUGGCUGUGUGGCUCAAGUCUACUUUUUCUUUGCUUUUGCAUCUGCUGAACUGGCCUUUCUCACUGUCAUGUCCUAUGACCGCUAUGUUGCCAUUUGCCACCCCCUCCAAUAUGGAGCCACUAUGACAUCAGGAAAAUGCCACCAGACGGCAGUCAUUGCCUGGCUAAGUUGUUUUUCUUAUGCAGCAGUCCACACUGGGAACAUGUUUUGGGAGCCCAUUUCAAGAUCCAACAUGAUCCACCAGUUCUUCUGUGAUAUCCCUCACAUGUUGGCCCUGGUUUCCUGUGAUGUUUUCUUUGUUGAGUUUGUGAUCCUAGCUCUGAGCUCCAGCUUGGUGCUGAUAUGCUUUGUUCUUAUAACCACCUCCUAUAUCCAGAUCUUCUCAACAGUGCUCAGAAUCCCUUCAGCAGAGAGACGGCUGACUGUCAUCAUCCUCUUCCUCACCACAGGGCUCUUUGCUGCCUUAGGGCCAAUUGCCAAGACUUCUUACAUUCAAGAUGUGAUGAUUGGUAUGGCAUACACAGUUUUGCCUCCCUUCCUGAAUCCCAUCAUAUACAGUCUUAGAAACAAGGAGAUCAAAGCUGCUGUUUGGAGACUGUUUGGGAAGAUAAAUCCUCUGCAAAAGUAG